ACAAGACCGGUCAGCUACCCGAGCAUCAUGAGCAGGAAGAGAGCUAAGGCCCUGAUAGCUGGGCUGUGGGUGCUAUCGUUCGUCAUUUGUUUCCCGCCUCUAGUCGGUUGGAAGGAUAAAAAGCCAGAAGAAGCAGAGCUCGACGGCUGGGCACCGAACCAGCACUGCCCGUGGACGUGCGAGCUCACCAACGACGCCGGUUACGUCGUGUACUCCGCGCUCGGCUCCUUCUACAUCCCCAUGUUCGUGAUGCUGUUCUUCUACUGGAGGAUCUACAAGGCCGCUGUCAGGACCACUAAGGCCAUCAACCAGGGCUUUAGGACUACCAAAGGUAAAGGCUUGGGCAGCAGAUUCGACGACAACAGACUAACGCUGCGCAUCCACCGAGGAAGAGGGUCCACGAGACCUCACGGCUCUCCUCUGUCUACUGCUUCUAACCAUUCUACCAGUACCUCGCUUAGUGCAAGUCCUGAGAGACUUAGAAGACAUUCCAGUGCCCGACGAGCGCAUGAAAAAGUCAAAAUCUCUGUCUCGUACCCGUCGUCAGAACAGAUCUGUCAGACGCACGAGAACUCCCGGUCUCCCAGUAGAUCCCCCAGCCCCUCGCUGUACGCUGUUCACUACGAGCGCGACGGCAGAGAAUUGACUGAAAGCAGACUGAGAGUGAGACCGCCGCAUCAUUUGGCUCCGGGGCCGCUCUACGAUGAGUUUGACGACAAACCCAGGGCCACGAGAAGAAUGGGAAAGAGGAAUAUAAAAGCUCAAGUGAAACGCUUCAAAAUGGAGACCAAAGCCGCCAAGACCCUCGGCAUCAUCGUCGGCGGUUUCGUUUUCUGCUGGCUCCCAUUCUUCAGCGUGUACGUGGUCCGGGCCUUCUGUGGGGAUUGCGUGCCUUCCAUCAUCUUCUCUGUGCUCUUCUGGCUGGGUUACUGCAAUUCGGCCAUCAAUCCGCUUAUCUAUGCGCUGUUUUCCAAGGACUUUAGGUUCGCCUUCAAACGUAUAAUCUGCAAGUGCUUCUGCGGCCGCGCGGGACCGCGUCGGCAGUCUGACGGCUCGGCUCGUCGUGCUGAGCCCAAACCUCACGAGACUUCGCUAGAGGAGCAGGAUAUAUCCAACAGCACGAGUAAUGACAGGUGACGUCAGACCCCGCGACGGCAGAACCCACAAUUCCAGGCUACCGUCGCGUGUGUCUAGCAGGGACAGCGAGCCGUCACCUUCCUCCGAUAGCUUCUGAAAGUUAAUAACGGCCUAUGACAAAAAGAUGAUUUUUUGUAAUAAUCAGAAAAAAAGGAAAGGAAACACACAAAAUAUAAAGUAGAAGAAGAAGAAUCAUUUAUUAUCACAAAGAAAAAUAAAACAAAACAAAGAGACAUGAAAGAAAAGGAUCAUAAAAUCAAUCAUUUAAAUUAUCGCGGUAUAAAAACAGUGUGACAAAAGGGAAAAAAGAAAUAAAGAAAGAAAUACAUUUUAUUCGCAAGCACACAUCAAACAAUUCAAAACAAACAAUAAAAGAAAAUAAAAAACCGACCAUGUUUGUGUGUUCGCAAAAAGGCUCAAGCUCAGCAAAGACUCGGUGUUUGCUGUAUAACCAAGCUAGCUGUUAUAGCGCUGGUUUUCAGUUUAAUAAAGUAGAUGGAGAAAACAGAUUUUACAAAUCAGGAGGGAUUAGAUAAAAGACGGGCAAUGAAAACGAAGAACGGAAUGAACGCAACCCAGCUGAACUUGCAAGCAAACUUGGUAAUAAAAUAACUGAAAAUGGUGAAGCAAGAACAAGAAACAACUUUUCUACCUUUGUCAGAGCUUCUAGCACUAUAUUCGAACGGCCUACUCCACAAAUGCUUGCUUUCUUAAGCAAUCUCACCAUGCUUGAAAUGGUAAAAAAACAAAAAAUAACAAAAUACCCCUGAGAUUUAUAUUGUUAAGAAUUAGAAACCAAGACAGCCAUGAAAUAUAUUAUAAAGGACAAAGUCGACUAAAUUGGUCAGACAAAAAUAAAGAACAACUUUGUUGAAAAAAUAAUGUUAAAACACUUAAAUUCAACAAUAAGUAAAUUCUCUAAGGUUUCUGAAAACAAAACUAUAUUAUUUAUUUGGUAGCUAGACGUAACAAAGAACUAUCAAAACGUAAAACUAGCUUUUAAAGAAGAGAAAUCUAAUCAUAUAAUAAAAAUAAGAAUACAGAAGAUACAAAAUAGUUAAGGAAAUGUUGAAUUUGGGCUCUAAUUCAACAGGGAUAAAAAGAGAGAGAUGCUAAGAGCUUACAAUCUUCUAAAAAGGCCUUAAUAAGUUUAAUAACAAUAGUGAAUAUUAGCGAAGGUGAUGGACUCUUAUGUGUAUUUUACUAAAGACUGUUUUAGCUAUAAAGAUUAUGUAAAUAUUGUGUGGUCGUCGGAGGGACGUAUUGGCGUGUUAGUUUUUAAUAAAAAUGUGGCAUCCAUUUUGAAAUUAUCUGAAGUUACUGAGCCUGACAUCCUUAUUAUUUUGUAGGUUAGCAAAGUAUUAAACAUGUAAAAUCGGGUAGUUGACGUAAAAUUGUCGUAGGUCGCUCGACAUGUUUCGCUCCGUAACGAGGAGCAUCUUCAUUGAGCACGCCCGAUGCCGAUAGUAUCCCGACGGCAGACUGCGCAGACUUACACGACAAUUUUACGCGAGUUACCCGAUUUUACAUGUUUAAUGUCAGUGCCUCACGGUAGUUUCAUUAUUAAAGUUAGCAAAGUAUUUAAUUUAGAAAGGACGCAGUUGUAUUAGGUAUUAGAAAACAAAAAUAGGUUUUACUUCUACAAGUAUUAUCAUUUUGCAAAAUAUUACAAGAAUGUGUUAUUACUAGGUACCCAUCUACCCAUUUAAUUAGGGCCAUUUUUUUCAAAGUUGUUCACCCCACUAUUUUUGUAACAUGGGUAUUUUUUACGCGAUUAAUACUCAGAAUCGCGAGGUCUUUCGAUCCUGAUAGGAGAAAAAAUGUCCCAA